UGCUCGUAUCGAAAGGAUGUGUGGACUUUAAUGUUCGACUAGUUUUCCGAGUAACUGGGACUUGUAUUGAUUCUAUUUGUUAUUCAUUAUAAUUAUUAUUUUAUAUAUGAUAUUACGUGGUUUUCAAAGUUAAACAGUCUCCCGAAUAAGUCGUAUGACCACAAUAUCUAAAACAAGACCACGAAUCAGCAAAGGCGGCGUCGACCUAGAAGUUGCAACAAAAAUAAACAAUUUUAGAUUACUUCAUUAAGUAUUUCAAAGUUUCUACGACAGCAAUGCAAACAAGCGAUGAUGCAAAGUUUAUUAAAAAACGCUGGAAAGGCGGCUGUAUAGAACCGCACCCCACGGACAUGGCACUAAUAGUGAACUAUCAGCUCGAGGCCACCGUUUUUGGAGAACCCAACAAUCCCAUGAUUGAGGAGAAAAAGCAUUGUCAGAAAACAAUACGCCUGCGUUCGCUGAAUAUCAAAACAGAUCCCGCUGCCCUUGCUCGCGAAGUGGUGGAAAAAUGUGAGCUUAUACACAAGUCGCAGCUUAACGAAGUGGAGCAAAUCAUAUUCUACCUUAAGAACCGUAAAUACAAUGAUAUUGCUGACAAUCCACAUACAAACAAUCGUAAAUCGGCGGCGCUGCACACAUCUUAUACGCGCUCUUCUGCGCGAUCUUAUAACAGUGUGGGGGCCAUAUCUAGUAUAACUAUGGGAUCGGGGUCUAAUGGGGCCACAACGUCAGCUAUAUCAACGGCGGAUGUCACCAUUACCAACAUUGAGGAGUAUGUCGAUCUACUCUACGAAGAGUUGAGUGAGCGAGUACGCGGAUCUGCCAUGAUACUUCAGAUGGCUCGGAAUGCCGAUAAUCUCGAAGAGUUAGAAAAAAGUGAGGCCUGCCUCAGUGCGUUAUCCCGAGUGCUGCGCGAAGAUUGGCGGAAAAGCUUAGACUUAUCCACAAACAUUAUUUAUAUAUUCUUUUGUUUUUCUACCUACACCAAGUUUCAUCCACUUAUUGUACAGUACAAGAUAGGGUCGCUGUGCAUGGAUAUCAUCGACUUCGAAUUGCGUCGCUACGAAACUAUGCGUAACGAGCUGGAUGUUCGUAAGCACCCUAACAGUUCCACACCGCAGUUGGCCAAGACCGGCAAGGAUAACCUUAAUCGUAGUACUGAGAACUCCCUGGACAUUAUGAAAGAAGAGAAACCAAAAGAGAUGGAGCCGCCACGUCGCCGUAUACCAGAGCUAAAACAGCGUCCUAAGUCGGGAAAUUGGAGUAGCUUUCACGGAACCAAUUCCUCUUCGCUUAUGAGAAAUCAAAUACUAAACUGCAGUUAUCAUGAGGCGCUUUCUGCCAGGGGUAGUGCAAAUGCAUUGGAAACCGUUUAUCCCGUUGAGGCAAGAACGCAAUGCAUUAAUUCAUUGGAUCAAAAUGACCCUAAAAUAAAAAAAGAGGAAAUCGAUCGACUGAAUAAACAACUUAAGAUAUUUGCCAAGAAACAGGAACAGUUGCUUCGGGUUUCUUUCUAUCUGUUGUUAAACAUGGCCGAGAACGUCAAGCUUGAGGAGAAAAUGAGACGAAAGAACAUUGUUAAGAUGCUGAUCAAGGCACUUGAUCGUCAGAAUAUUGAUUUACUUAUGUUGGCUACCACAUUUCUUAAGAAGCUUUCCAUUGUAGGCGACAACAAGGAUGAGAUGUACGCGUUAAACAUUGUGUCGAAACUACCACGCCUUUUUCAAAACCCGCAUACAGAUCUGGUGCAGGUAACACUUAAGCUAGUAUUUAAUUUGUCGUUUGAUGCUACAAUGCGUCUUAAAAUGGUUGCUGAUGGCUAUUUGCCUUUGUUGGUUAUGUUUAUUAACGACGAGAAGCAUCACGGAGUUGCGGUUAAAAUACUUUACCACAUGAGCCUCGACGAUAAGGUCAAGUCUAUGUUUAUGCACACAGAGUGCGUACAAAUGGCCACAGAUGCUAUCAUUUUGAAUCUAAAUGUAAAGGUUGAUCUAGAUCUCAUAGCGCUUUGUAUUAAUUUGUCAUUGAACCGACGCAAUGCCCAUAUUAUGGUUGAAGGUCAGCGUCUACACAGUCUCAUGGAUCGAGCUUUUAAGUACCAAGAUGCCCUAUUGAUGAAACUACUGCGCAACCUUUCGCAACACGAAUCACUACAACUACAAUACAUUGAAUACGUAGGGGACUUAGCGCGCAUUUUAACGAUCUGUGACGAUGAGUCCUUCAUUGUGGAGUGCUUAGGUAUAUUAGGUAACCUAGCGCUAACUGACUUAGAUUACUCGCAAAUACUGCAGAAUCAUAAACUAAUACCCUGGAUACGACAAGUGCUAGUGCCCUGCGCAAGACUUGACGAUGUUGUGCUCGACACUAUCGUUUAUCUGGGCACGUGUGCUUUCGAUGAGCUUUGUGCACUCCUCUUCUGUCGCGCUAAGGUCGUGAUAUCAUUAAUCGAACUGCUAAAGGCCAAGCAAGAGGAUGAUGAGAUUGUGCUACAGAUCAUUUUUGUGUUCCAGCAAAUUCUGCGACACGAAAGCACACGAGAGUACAUGAUUAAGGAAACUGAAUCGCCAGCUUAUCUCAUCGAUCUUAUGCAUGACAAAAAUGAGGAGAUCCGUAAAGUGUGCGACUAUUGUUUGGAUAUUAUUGCGAUAAGUGAUAGCGAGUGGGCCAAGCGUAUAAAG